UGCUGCUCCCCGGCGCGGGCCGGGCUCCCGCUGCGCCCCCGCGGGCCCCCUGUGCAGCCAUGGCGCGGAGCCCCGCGUGCUGGCUGAUCGGCUGUCUGCUGGUGUCAGCAUUAGGAAUGGUGCCACCUCCUAAGGAUGUCAGAAUGAACUCUGUUAAUUUCAAGAACAUUCUACGAUGGGAGUCACCUGCUUUUGCCAGAGGGAAUCUGACUUUCACAGCUCAGUACCUAAGUUACAGGGGAUUCCAAAAUGUGUGCAAGAAUACUGCCUGGACAGAAUGUGACUUCUCAAGUCUUUCCAAGUAUGGCGACCACACCUUGAGAGUCAGAGCUGAAUUUGCAAAUGAACAUUCUGACUGGGUGAACAUCACCUUCUGCCCUGUGGAUGACACCAUUAUUGGACCUCCUGGAAUGCAAAUUGAAGUGAUUGCUGAUUCUUUACACAUGCGUCUCUUAGCCCCCCAAAUUGAGAAUGAACCCGAAACAUGGACCAUGAAGAACUUUUAUAACUCUUUGGCUUAUAAUGUGCAAUAUUGGAAAAACGGAACAGAUGAAAAGUUUCGAGUUACUCCACAGUAUGACUUUGAGGUCCUCAGAAGCCUGGAGCCAUGGACGACGUACUGUGUUCAAGUUCAAGGGUUUCUUCUUGAUCGGAACAAGACUGGGGAAUGGAGUGAGCCUGUCUGUGAGCGGACCAUGGAUGACGAAACAACCCCCUCUUGGAUGGUGGCUGUCAUCCUCAUCGCCUCAGUCUUCAUGGUCUUCCUGGUGCUUCUUGGCUGCUUUGCCUUGCUGUGGUACAUUUACAAGAAAGCCAAAUACACCUUUCCCCGUGGAAACUCUCUUCCACAGCACCUGAAAGAGUUUUUGGGCCACCCUCAUCACAGCACACUCCUGUUUUUUUCCUACCCACUCGCUGACGAAAAUGAAGUUUUUGACAAACUAAGUGUCAUUACAGACGACUUUGAAAGCAGCAAGCAGAAUCCUGGUGACAGCUGCAGCCUCGAAACCCCAUCUGGGCCAGGACCUCCAGAGCUAGUUUCCAAGGAAGAAAGCCACUCAGCUGGACACAGCAAUGACUCACUGCUCACAUCUGCCCCAGAGGUGUGAUCAGAAUGGCCACCAGAGAAAACUCCAAAGCUAGAACUCUCAGGCACUGAAUGUAGCCAGGCAACCAAAGAGCUAGUUUUAAAGUCUCAGGUGGCAAAAAGUACUCCAUCUUGGGAACUCAUUGCUUUAUGAAGAAUUUAAAAAUUUUGUAAAAAAAAACUGAUCACUGAAUGUGUAAUUUUCAAGCUCUUAUGACCACAUUUUAAUUGUGAGAAGCAGAAAUAUUUAAAAACGAGGAAUAAUUGGAGUAUCGAUAAGCUGACCUGAAAAGCAAACUUAUCAGAAAAGUGGUCAGCACCUUGCUGGACAGACACAGACGUUGUGGAUUCUCAGGGAGACUUUGAAGAGAUUUCUUUUUCACCUGUGUAUUUUAUCUACUACAGAUGGAUACUCUGUGAAAGCUUUACUCUCUAUCUAAUCUGUAUGUGUUUGUAUUCGUGAACUUUCUGUUGUUGUGACAGAAUACCUGACAUAAACAACUUA